AUGCACAGCUUCUCGAAACUGGCCGUGGCCUUUGUCGCGGCUGCCUCGUUCGCGAGCGCAGAGCCUCAGACUCAAGCCGGGAUCGAAAGGCCCGUCAUAUACUUCCCGAGGCAUAUCAAGAGACAGUUUGCCAACACGACGACUCCGGCUAGCGAAGCCUCAUCCUCGACCGCGAGGCCACCGCCAAUCCCCGUGCCGGAGACCUCAACAUCAUCCUCGACUUCGUCGUCCUCUGCUCAGGAUUCUACAGACUCGAGCCAAUCCACCAGCAUAGAUGAGUUUUUCAGCACUCUGAGUGAUGCAUUGACUGCUGGCUCGACCCCCUUCAGCCAAAAAGCCGCGACUUCGGAGACUGGAAGAAGCACCGCGACUGGCGACGUGACUCCGAUCGUCGUCCCAAGCUCGUCUUCGUCCCCUUCGACGGCCGCUGUCAACCCAGGCUCAGUGUCGGCCGUUACGACCUCUCAGAACUCGACAUCGGAUUAUAUCACCGCGCCUGGCUCCACUUCGAGCCCAUCUAGUACACCAGAGUCUUCCUCGGGUUCCGAAUUCACGAGCGCCGCAGUGACAUCUCAGGCUUCUACUGCUACCUCGAACACUGGGCUGAUCCCUGAGACCACCAUCCUUCCAACCACAGCUACCUCGAACACUGGGCUGAUUCCGGAGACCACCAUCCUUCCAACCACAGCUACCUCGAACACUGGGCUGAUUCCGGAGACCACCAUCCUUCCAACCACCGCAAGUGUUAGCACUGCGGAAUCAGUCGUCACUCCUAGCAUCACUUCAUCUGAUAGCUCGUCCGGUAUUCUGCUGGCCCCCACCGGAAUCGUGACCCCGACAAGCUCGAGCUCGACCGAUGACCCUGUGCUUAGCGACAUUAGCACAUUGAUCAGCAGCAUUGCUUCCUCUGACUCUACAGUUCUGCAGCCCAAUGGCACCGCUCCUGUCACGACCACCCCUGUUACAUCUGGUGAUGUUGCCACCACUACUGUUGCAUCGGAUACGCUUAACCCGACCUCUGCUGUUGUCUCUACCACGGGGCCAGUAACUUCAGUUCAGUCCCUGCCUCCAGUUUCCACUGCCACCGCGAACGGGACGGUGACGACCCCACCCACAGAUUCGCAGACAACUGCCCUACCGACGACCACCCCUGGGCUUCCCUCGGACACCAUUGUCACAAGCCCGGGUGUUACUGCGAACGGCACGCAGGUUCCUACUACGAUCCCCACGACGAUCCCGACUUCAGAGCUUCCUGUUACUGAGCCGACCGUUACCCCCACCAUUCUGCCGCCAAGCCCUAACAACACUAUCCCGAGCAACACGACGACGCAGCUGCCACCUACUCAGCCUCCCACGCUCACGGAAUUGCCUAUCACUACCACCACCCCCGCUUCCGCUUCAUCCGUGGUGAUCACCUCGGUGGCGAGCACCUCGGCGGCGGUAUCAAGCAGCGCCAACUCAGAUGACGACUGGCUUCCGACUACUAUUAUCGUACAAGCACCUCUCCCGUCCAUAACGGGUACCCCAACGAGUAUUCCGUCGUCUGUCGCCACCGUAUUGCCAUCUGAUCUGCCAAAGAUUAUCAACCCAUCUGACGACAUCACGGAGCCACUGGGUGCUGAUAUGAUGGAGAUUCAGGUUGCGUUCAAGUUCGCGCUCAAUUAUAGGUUCAUUACCAACGAAAACCCCAAUGCGGGAGCUCAGAUCUUUGAGUAUCUUCCCAAGGCGCUCAAGUACAUGGAUGGGUUGACCGAGGAGCAGAAGAAGAGGCUUCAAGUUCUCCGAGUGGUUCCCCUGAACACAGAGCAGCAGCUUGGCUACGUUACUUCUGUUGCGAUCGCCACCUGGCCCAAGGCGUAUUUCCCUCAGUUGCGUCUGGACGUGAAGACACCGUAUUCGCAAUUUUACCAGAGCACUACCAAUGGUAUGCUCGCGCACAACCUGACAUUGUUGGUGAACCCGGCUAUCGACAUCCUCCCUGGAGCUACUCUUGACGGGAAGCCUGCUAGCACGGGUUCCGGCACUGGAGGUAGCGGAUCGAACAGCCCCAAUGACGUCUUCAACAGCGACAACAACAGCACCAACCAGUCAGCCACUCAGCGGGGAACUGUAGCUGGUAUUGCAUGUGGUGCUGUCUCGCUCGCGGCUGCCUACGGCGCAGCCAUGUUCAUCGUUGCGCGUCGGUACAAGAAGAAGAGGCAGGCACACCGUCGGUCAAGCUCAGUUGCUUCGCCCUCCGAGAUGCGGCAGUCCGGCAGCCCUGCGUUGAUGGGUGGUGCACUUCUUAGCCGCGACUUUACGCAUUACGGUGGGGUCAUGGGGCCAGCUGGCGGCCGUGAGAGCCACGGUAGCAAUGGCAGCGGCAGGAGCGCGGGUAACUCUGCUCGCACUGCUGGCAUUUCCGCGCCCGUUGCGCAGGAGAACUCUCUCGGCUGGAACUGA